CGCGCCACCAACCGUCUUUCUCCGUUUUCCACAAAGCGCCCAUUUACGAAUUGCAGUUGUGUGUUCGUGCAAAGCUGCAGUGGCUGCAGUCGGACCAGUCGAACAACGGGCGCCCAGUUGGCCCAGUGACGCUUCGACGCCGCCGCGAUGAGUGCCAGCAACUCACCGGCCGUCAUGUGCAGCUUACUCCGCACGGACAUCUUCUUCCGGGCCGUGGAACGCGGAGACAGCGUGCUCCUUGACAAGCUGACCCGCCUCGGCGGCGCGACGGGCUACGUUCUCCAGGACUCGAGCGACGGCACCACGCUCCUGCACCUGGCCGCGGGACUGGACCCGAGCCCGACCGACUACAUCCGCGGCCUCCUCGACCACGGGGCGGACCCCAAUGCCGCCACCGCGGACGGCGUGACGGCGCUCCACAUCGCUGCCGCGUGCGGCAACCAGGCGUCCCUGCUCACGUUGCUGGAAGCCGGCGGCGACCCCAGGCUCCACGACGGCAACGGCAACGACGUCUUCGACUUGCUGCUCGACAGCGGACACCUCGAGUGCCUGCUCAGGGUGAGACCUUUCUUCGGACUGCCCGUGUCGCCCCCAGACUCGGACGCCGAAGAAUCGGCCAAGGGCCACUCGCUUCGGUCGUCGUCCGCGGCCAGUACGCCUGCCUUGUCUCCGGCCUCCGACGCAGCGCCGACCUCCAAGGGUGUGAAGAGGCGGAGUGAUUCGCUGGAACCGUCGCCUGCUACCAACUGUUCGGACUCCGACGUCUCCGACGCCGCUGAGGUCGACCACGACGGUGGCCAUCUCGAAGACACUCCCACCGUCCUGUUGAGCCCGGACUGCAGUGACGUCAGCAGCGACACGGAGUCUCUGCUCAAUACCGCGUACGUUUUCCCCCAUCCGUACAUGUCACCGGCGUACACCGAAGCGCCCCGCAGGCGACGCAGACACCACGUUCGAGCGACAGACGACGAAGCCGACUCCAUGGACAGUUCCUCGGCGGGAGGCGGCUACGACAGCGCGACGUCGUCGGCGUCGUCCAACGUGCCGCCCGAGCUGCUCCGACUCAGCAACUCGGAACUGCGCGAGAGGCUGCUAUCCUACCGCGAAGACGGCGGCCCGGUGACGGACUUCAACCGCAGCCUGAACCUCCACAAGCUGGCCCACCUCGAGAUGGGACGCGAGGCGCGCAUCCGACUCUGCGAGCCUCUCUUCGUGCAGCCGGACUCGACGUUCGCGAGCGACGCCAACUCGGAUUUCUGCGAGGUUGUUCACGAGGAUCCGGACAACGGACUGGCCCUCAAGGAGACGCACCACCCGUCCAGCGAUGCGGAGGUCUUGACGUCCGGUCGGUCUUCGCCGGACGCACCGGUCGUGCCCGUGGACAUGCAGAAGCUCACCAACGACCAAGUCUUCGAGCGGCUGAAGCAGCUCGGCGACGACCCCGGCCCGGUCACGGAUGCGACGAGGCAGGUGUACCUCCGGCGUCUCGCGAGGGCGACUUCCGAACGGUCCUUGAAGACCUCCAGAGACGUCCUGCCGCCCGACGUCCACUUCUUGGUCGCGAACGUCGCCAAGGCGCUGGACGCCUACGAGGCACUCGAGCGGGAGAUGGUCCUGGAUUUCGAGACGCCGCGGCCAGAGGGGCACUGGCGGGAAGGCAACUCCAAGACCUCCUUCAACUACCUCCUCCUGGACUCCCGGGUGACGCGGAACCUGCCCGUACGCGCGAGGGGGCUCCCCCUGGCGGAGCAGGUGUCCGACUUCGUGAGGGGAGUCUUCUACGUGGGCAAGGGCAAGCGGUCGCGGCCCUUUAGCCACCUCCACGACGCGCUGGUGGUCUGGAACGGGACGGCCAAGGCGUGGCAGACUGCCGGCGACAAGACGCGCAAGGUCCUGCAAAUCUGGGAGGCCGGCUGCGGCGUGGUCUCGCUGCACGUCUUCCAGAACGUCCUCCCUGCCGAGGCUUACACGCGGGAAGCCUGCAUCAUCGAGGCGUUGACCAAGCGCCGGCUGACCAACGCCAAGAAAGGCGACUGCUACGGCGUCGUUGGGUCCUGGUCGGAGAAGGCGCGCAAGAAGCUCGGGGCCUUUCUCGUCUUCAAGGCCUUCCAGAUAUUCCUCAGCGAGGGCGAGCGGCGUCUGGGCCCGCUGGACCUCUGAACUAUUGGACCGUCGGCAGGCAUCUCCAUUACUAACCUUGGACCUUGGGUGUUUCAGCUGGUGGGUGUAAAGGUUGGUUCAAACACUUGCGACUGUUUACAACUCGAGAGACUUAAAAUAAGCCUCUCCUGUGGUAAGCAGCUGCAAGUGCGUGAACCAGCCUCGACAGUUUAGCGUUAUGCUGACCCCUUUGGAUGCAACCUGCACUUUCCGAGUGCCUGUUGAGCAUUGUAGAUCAGGAGCCGAGAGAUCCCACACAGUGCAAUGCCAUCUCCGGUACAGUUUAUCACAGCCUUUGUUUCUUCUAUUUUAUCGCCGUUUUUAAGAUUUUAAGAUAUUUUUAAGUUUUGCACGUGCAUCGUUUUUAACUGCCAGCAGGUUUCCGGUUGUUCUACCUUUUUUCUUAAUGUGUUUGUGCCGUCCUUUGUUAGCAGAAGUGAAUUUUAUGAUGCUUCGACAUCGCCGCAGUGGUUUAACUCGUGGUAUCAUGUUUUUGGUUGUGACACGCCUGCUAAGUAUACUCCAACAUUCUCUUGUUUUCGCCAGCUUUGUUUGGACCACACUUCAAUGUCCGUUUUCGUCACAGCACGCAUUUUAGAGGACGCUGCUGCUGCAGAAAGAGUAAUCAAAACAUUCUACUAGUCUUCCAUUUAAGCGUAGCUACCGACACUUAAGUGGCUUUUUACAGUGUACAUAAUUUCAUGCAAAUAAACAUUCCAUUUCAAAAUAGUCUGCACGCAUCAAUCCCAGCGGGAAUCCGUUUUCAAGCCUUGAAGUGCAUUUCAUGACUACGGUAGGUUAUUAAAAUUUUAAAAAUCGGCGAGCGUUUAGACGAAGGCGAAGAACUACAUACGGAGAACUGCCGAAAGUGGCAUUCUUUUGAACGUGAUGAAUGUUGCAUUCUCCUCUCGUGGAUUGUGGAGUUGCACCAGGGACAUUUCGUCGACUGAUGUCUGCACCUGAUGGGAACAAGACCUAACUUCAAGGAGGACAAGAGUCAUGCCAGU